GUGUGAGCGCUUAUCUUUAGGUGGCCGCUUAUUUUGAACCAAUGGAUUCCCUCCUUCUCCUGAAUAAAUUAAAACAUCAGAUGAAUUCAUGAAAUUUGGAUAUCGACCACUUGAAACAAUGCUUGUAGCUAAUUUCAUUCUAUCCUUCUCCAUGUAAUCUAUGCCCUUUUCAAUUUGAUGAUGAAGACCAAUUAUACAUAGUUCAGCUCUGUAUUGAAACUCAUCACCAACUUCAACUCCAGGAAUAGAUCCAAGUCUUUUCACUGUGUUCAACCAUGUAUGUCUAUCACGAAGAAUCGAUGCUGCAACUAGGUGAAUGUUUGGUUUUUGCAUUAAUGCCUUUCUAUUUUUUUUCAAAAGCUCGUUAAGCACCUUAUGAUACAAUCUUAAAACCUCCUUAACUUCAUCACGACUAGGACUCAAUUCCUUUUUGUCUCUCAACAUGACCGGAUGUUGGCCUUCAAUAGCUGAAUUUUCAUCUAAAGCAUAUUUGCCUUCGUUAGCUGAAGUGUAUUUAGAAACAUGGGAAGCCUCAACAAGACCAUCAAACAAAAGAUUGUCUCUCUCUACCUCCAUGGUGUUUUUCAUAAUUUCUAACCACUAACCAUCUGAUUCCUAUUGUUGAUCUUAGGAGUCAACUCAGCCAGGGACGCAAAGUGUUGUUGACUCUGGAGAUGAUAUCAAAACUUGUUCAAAGGGUAAAAAUGUUACAUGUAAAAUGACUGACCUGUUGUGCUUUUGAGCAUUUGAUUUCUAGUUCCAGAAGAAAGGCUUGAAAAAUGCUGACCGCUAAGGAAUUGAACUGUAUUUUAUUCAACCUAAUUUUAGUUAAUUCCAUAUACCACAACUCGUUUGUAUAUUGAACCUUCGACCUAAGGACAGCAUUCUUCAUUUUUCCAUCCUGUGAUAUUAUUUUUUUGAGAGACUCAAAUACUAGAACAGAGAAAUUUCCUGCACAAGGCUCUUUACCGCCAGUCAAACAGCUGGACAUUUAGAUGAGUUCAAUCUAACUGAUGAAUGUAUACAGGAACAGUCAAUUUCAGCAGUCAUAACUUCAGUGGCCAAUAUGGUACCUCAGAAAUACCUUCUUGAGCAAUGGGCAGUGGUUGAUGUUGAUGGAGGCAAAUUGUUGAAUGAAGACAAUGACCUCAGAUCUGUGCUUCAGUACUUAUUGGAUGAUGUCUCUGAUUUUUUAUCAAUGCAAUGUGCUAAAAAAGGAGAAGCUGGAGAUGUGAAAGAAGAGAAAGGUUGUCUUAGUUUACUCAAAGCUUUUAUUGACUACAUAACUGAGCGAGAGAAAGAAAAUUUUCGUUCCCGGAGACAUGAUAAUGAAAAUUCAGUUACAUUGACUACCAUCCAUCAGUCUAAAGGUUUGGAGUGGGACAUUGUUUUCAUUGUAAAGGCAAAUGAAUCUGAAAUUCCUUUAUUACAUGAAUCCAAUGGCGCUACUAAGGAAAAUGGGACAUCAAUUGAAGAGGAAAGACGUCUGUUAUACGUGGCAAUGACUCGCGCUAGAAAGAAACUAUUCAUUCUGUAUGUCAUGAUGGAUUCAAAUUGGCAGAUGCUUCAACCAUCGCGUUUUCUCAAGGAGAUUCCAGAUCAUCUUCGGGAGAUUCAGGCUGAAGUAUGUCUACGAGAUUUACAAACAAAACCUCAAGAUAUUCCAAAACACCCUGUCAACAUUACCACUAAUCUGCCGGGAGAAAAGAAUCCUUCUGAAGUUGACAUGGAGCCCAAUGAUUCCCUCAACAUUCAAAUCAAUAAUGCCUCCAAGGAAAUAACAGAGCCGGUAGAUGCAUGCAAUGGAAAUAUUUUCUUAAAAAGAUUCUCUGUGGAGGACAGAUCAGUUGUUUCUCACUUGUUCCACAAAUGGGCCAAGAAGCAAGCAUUUCAAAACCCUAAGAGGUUAAUUGACAAGGUUGGCUUUGUUAUUGAUGAACGUCUAAGAAUCAAGAAAAGCAAGCACAAGGAUGUUUUGCAUGCUUUGAAACCUUGCUUAAGCAGUGAGGAAGCCUUCCAAUAUGCGGAAUAUGUGCUAAGAUGGGAGCAAAUUCCUGCAGAUGAACGUGCCCAUUUGAUGCGGGAGAAGCAGGUUACAAUGCUCAUUAUACAUUUCCCCUUCCAGGAGUACUUUCAGAAAUUAAGGAUUGAGAAUUCGAUGAGUACAUCAGGCCAACAUCUAAACAGAUUGGGUUUCUGCAGAAUUUGGGAUGCACUGUGGUCCCCAUAUCACGUCUCCAUGCCUCACGUUUGAUCGAGCAAUAUAAAUGAUUGUAACCAUGUGAACGUAGUUGGCAGUUCCGGUGGCUUUAUUAUCGGAAGCCUACUUGAGGGAUUCUAACGUCUCAAGGUUUGAGCCCAGUAUUUGAAUCCUUCAAUUCAAUGGACUGUAAAUAAUUAUGACAUGACCAUCUAAUGAAGUUUAGAGACUGUCAAUGAGGUGCAGUUCUGCAUUGAUUAUUUCCUAGCCGUUCUGUGCUCGCUGUGUAAAAGGUUUUACUAGAGUGCUUAUGGAAGGUUUUGGCUCUUCCCUUGUG